GCUCCCGUCCCGCCCGCCCUGACUCACCCAGCCUGGUCCGGGAACUAACUUCUCAGGAGUCCCGGCCGCUUCACUCCCAGGGACCCACGAGUUGGGCCCAGCGUCAGCCCUGAGAGUCAGAAUGAUUCCGGUGGCUGAGUUCAAGCAGUUCUCCGAGCAGCAGCCAGCUUUCAAGUUGCUCAAACCCUGGUGGGACGUGCUGGCCGAGUACCUCACGGUGGCUAUGCUCAUGAUCGGGGUCUUCGGCUGCACCCUCCAGGUGACACAGGACAAGAUCAUCUGUCUGCCCAGUCAUGAACCCCGGGAGAACUUGUCUGAGGCCCCAUGUCGGCAACUGCUGCUGCAGGGGCUCUCUGAGCAGAUGGAGGGGCUCCAGGAGGUGAGCGGCCUCAAGAACAAUCUGGACCUGCAGCAGUACAGCUUCAUUAACCAGCUCUGCUACGAGGAGGCCCUCCACUGGUACCCCAAGUACUUCCCCUACCUGGUCGUCAUUCACACGCUCAUCUUCAUGGUCUGCACCAGCUUCUGGUUCAAGUUCCCUGGUACCAGCUCCAAGAUCGAGCACUUCACCUCCAUCCUGGGCAAGUGUUUUGACUCGCCGUGGACCACCCGGGCCCUUUCUGAGGUUUCUGGGGAGAACCGUAAGGGCCAUUCCACUGGACGGGCAACAGCGACUAUGGAAGCUGGGGCAGGGCUGGGGAAGGCAGGGGAGGGCGAGAAGGGGAAGGUGGCGGCAGAGCCUGAGAAGGUGGUGAGUGAGCCGCCAGUUGUCACCCUGUUGGACAAGAAGGAAGGCGAGCAGGCCAAAGCCCUGUUUGAAAAGGUGAGGAAGUUCCGCGUGCACGUGGAGGAGGGGGACAUUUUAUACACCAUGUAUAUCCGGCAAAUGGUGCUCAAAGUCUGCAAGUUCUUUGCCAUCCUGGUCUACAACCUCAUCUAUGUGGAGAAGAUCAGCUUUGUGGUGACCUGCACGGUAGAAACUUCAAGGUUCACGGGCUAUGCCAGCUUCUGCUGCAACCACACCAAGGCCCACCUCUUCUCCAAGCUGGCUUUCUGCUACAUCUCAUUCGUGUGUGUUUACGGCAUCACCUGCCUCUAUACACUCUACUGGCUCUUCCACCGGCCCCUCAAGGAAUACUCCUUCCGUUCCGUUCGGGAGGACACUGGCAUGGGUGACAUCCCCGACGUCAAGAACGACUUUGCCUUCAUGCUACACCUCAUCGACCAGUAUGACCCACUGUACUCCAAGCGCUUUGCUGUCUUCCUUUCUGAGGUCAGCGAGAGCCGCCUGAAGCAGCUCAACCUCAACCAUGAGUGGACGCCCGAGAAGCUUCGUCAGAAGCUGCAGCGCAAUGCCAAGGGCCAGCUGGAGCUGGCCCUCUGCAUGCUCCCAGGACUGCCUGACACCGUCUUCGAGCUCAGCGAGGUAGAGGCACUCCGGCUGGAGGCCAUCGGUGAUAUCACCUUCCCCCCGGCUCUGUCACAGCUGGUGCACCUGCAGGAGCUCAGCUUGCUCCACUCUCCUGCCAGGCUGCCCUUCUCCUCGCAGAUCUUCCUGCGGGACCGCCUGAAGGUCAUUCGCAUCAAGUGUGAGGAGCUCCGCGAAGUGCCCCUCUGGGUGUUUGGGCUGCGUGGCCUGGAGGAGCUACACCUUGAGGGACUUUUUCCCCCAGAGCUGGCUCGGGCGGCCACCCUCGAGAGCCUCCGGGAGCUGAAGCAGCUCAAGGUGUUGUCUCUGCGGAGCAAUGCCGGCAAGGUCCCAGCCAGUGUGACUGAUGUGGCCAGCCACCUGCAGCGGCUCAGCCUGCACAAUGACGGGGCCCGCCUGCUGGCCCUUAACAGCCUCAAGAAGCUGGCGGUGCUGCGAGAGCUGGAACUGGUGGCCUGUGGGCUGGAGCGCAUCCCUCAUGCCGUCUUCAGCUUGGGCGCACUGCAGGAACUUGACCUCAAGGACAACCACCUGCGGUCCAUUGAGGAGAUUCUCAGCUUCCAGCACUGUCGCAAGCUGGUCACUCUCAGGCUGUGGCACAACCAGAUAGCUUACGUCCCUGAGCAUGUGCGUAAGCUCCGGGUCCUGGAGCAGCUCUACCUCAGCCACAACAAGCUAGAGGCCCUGCCCACCCAGCUGGGCAUGUGCUCUGGCCUCCGUCUGCUGGACGUCUCCCACAAUGGGCUGCGUUCCCUGCCCCCCGAGCUAGGUCUGCUCCAGAACCUGCAGCACUUGGCUCUCUCUUACAAUGCUCUGGAGGCCCUGCCUGACGAGAUCUUCUUCUGCUGCAAGCUGCGGACAUUGCUGCUGGGCUACAACCACCUGAGUCACCUGUCACCCCAGGUAGGGGCCCUCAGGGCCCUCAGCCGCCUGGAGCUUAAGGGCAACCGGUUGGAGGCACUGCCAGAAGAACUGGGCAACUGUGGAGGACUCAAGAAGGUGGGGCUCCUGGUGGAGGACACCCUUUAUGAGGGCCUGCCGGCAGAGAUUCGGGAGAAGAUGGAGGAGGAGUAAAGCCAGGGAUUGGCAGGUUGAGAUAGAGGCCUUCUGGGUUAUUUCUGUUCCAAAAUCUACCAUUGUCUUCAAGGGAGGUGGCCAGGUGGGCUCAGGCCAAGAGAGAAGGAACAGACACGUCAGCCUUAGGGCCCAGGCAAGAUCCUGCGACUGGUUUGUCUGGAGAGAUGGGAGGCUGCAGGAUUUGAGAUGGAAUGUCAUGGAGGGAUUAACUCAGUCAUAGAAUGCUCAGACCAAAACCACACCUCUGUCUUUGGCUGGCUGGCCUGCCCCAGCCCUGGGCCAGAACUGCUGCCCUCCCCCUGGACAUUCUAGUUCAAUCAGUGCCACAAAAGGGGGUGGGGACACAUCCCAACAGGACUUCAGUCCCCUCCCCACCAACCAAAACAGCUUACAUCUGGGGUUCUCUCCCAAAGAGAGAUACAAGAGACCAGCGCACACUGCCCCCACUUUAACAUUAAUCCCCUAUUUAUGAGCUGAUUGCUAUAGACACAUGAACUCAGAAACACGGUUCUUUUAUUUGGGUAUGCAUCAUAAUCAGUAUUCCCAAAACAACUUCCAAGACCCCACCCCUGAAAGACUGACCCAGGAGCUUUGGCUGGAGGCCAAGAACUUGCCUGUAUAUAGGCGUUCCAGGUAAUUCUGAUGCAGGUGGUCCUAGGCCUGUAGGCUGGGAAAUGCUAACCUACAGAGAAGACAUCUGGAUGUCUCAAGUAGGGAUUCGAAACCCUUUUUAGGUCCCUAGACCCUUUUGAGAAUCUGAUGAAAGCUGGGCACCUCCUUCCUCAAGAAAAUGCUUGUGUACACUUUCAUGCACAAUUCUGCAAACAACUUCAGGCAGUUAACAAAUUCCCCCAGCUCCCCCAGAGGGCUAUUCAUGGACAUCCUAAGGAUGGCAGACAUGAGGUUAAGAAAACAUGCUGUGGAGGGUACAUUUUUCUGAGGACAGGCAAGGACUUUGUCUUUUGAAUGUUCCCUGUGUGAGGGAGCAUAUAUCAGUUGGUGCUUAAUAAAGAAUACUAAUUAUCAGAA